AUGAAUAGGUUGACUAUUAUAGGUAUUUCUUCUCUUUUGUUGGUUGCAAUGGUCAUUGGCGUGGCUCUAACCUUCACCGGACAUGAGGAAACCUACUCGGGUGGAAACUCGUCCGGUGGUGGUGUUGAGAUUUCUGAGACCGCCAAGGCGGUCCAGGCAAUCUGUCAACCGACGGAUUUCAAGGAUGCGUGUACGAACACGCUGGCAUCGUCCGCGGGAGACACAACCGAUCCUAAAGAUCUGAUUAGGAUUUCGUUCGAUAUUGUAAUCCAACACGUGGGUGUCGCGUUGAAUAAGAUGGAUAUCCUUAAAGAUGCCGAAGAGGAUCCUCUUACCCAUGCAGCUUACGUGAGCUGCAAGGAACUUCUAGAAGAUUCCGUGGACGAUCUCCAUCAAACUGUGGAUAGUUUCGACACUUUCGACCUCGCGAACCUUGACGGUUACCUAGACGACGUCAAGACGUGGCUAAGUGGGGCCCUCACCUUUCAAGGGACGUGUCUCGACGGGUUCGAGAACACGACGGGGGAUGCCGGGGAGAAUAUGAAGCAACUUCUUAAAAUGUCGGGUGAGUUGACUAGGAAUGGACUUGCAAUGGUCGAUGAGUUCUCGAAGACCUUGGCCGGAUUCAACCUCACGGGGAUCACCGGUCGGAGACUUCUAUUGUCGGACGAUAUGAAUAGGAGAUUGGUUCAAGCAACCGACGUGUUUGAUGGGACACUCAAACCCGAUGUAGUGGUUGCAAAGGAUGGUUCCGGAGAUUGUACAACGAUUGCCGAAGGAUUGGCGAAGGUGCCGGAGAAGAACAAUGAGCCGUUUGUUAUUCUUGUGAAGGCCGGCGUUUACGAGGAGUAUGUUGAGAUCACCAAAAAUAUGAGCUAUGUUAUGUUGUUGGGAGAGGGUCCAACCAAGACGAGGAUAACGGGAAACAAGAACAUUGUCGAUGGAAUUCCAACUUUCAAGACGUCAACUUUUAGUAAGUUAUUAAUUAUCAAACUCAACCAUUUAAAUGCACAAUAA